AUGAGCAAGGUCCACAUCAAUAUUCCACUAGUAGAGGCACUGCAACAAAUGUCCAAUUAUGCCAAGUUCUUGAAAAAUGUGGUCGCUAGAAAGAGAAAGUGGGGGAAAUACGAGACAAUGGGCUUAACAGAGAAUUGCAGUGCUAUAAUUCAGAAGGGAUUGUCUACCAAACACAAAGAUUCAGGGAGUUUUACUUUAUCUUGUGUUUUGAGGAAUAAUGUAGAUGGUAAAGCAUUAUGUGAUAUUGGAGCAAGUAUUGAUUUAAUACCUUUAUCUUUUUACAGGAAGCUCAACAUUGACAACAUCCACCCCACUUCAAUUACCUUGCAAAUGGCGGAUAGAAGUACAACAACACCAAAGGGGAUUGUAGAAGAUGUCUAG